UGGCAAGAAACAAGCAAGGACAUCUGAGAUCACUGGACAAAACCCCACCAGACAGCCAUGCAAAUGACAGAGGUCUAAUUUGACUGUGUGCAUGGAAAACACCCCCUGAAGUUAAUUAUAGAAAAUCAUUGUAAUGCAGUGACUCUCGGCCCUAUUUAGCUAUUGGUCAAGGGAUUCUAAUCAUCCUGACUGAUCGGCCCUCAGGCCACACAUUUAGUGAGGCCAUCAGAAACCUCAUCAAAGCUACUGAAGAAAUAUUUCCUUCCAUUCUCUGAAAGUCUGUGGUGGAAUCUGAAAGGGAAUCUAUAAAAUGGGAGGUCAGGGAAAUGUUUGUGCCUUUUCUGCUUCUGUAUGAUCUUGUUGUUGCUGCUUCCAUUUUACCCUAGAAACAACACCAGUAAGAGACUAAGAUUUUCCACCUCUCCCCCACUUUUGCUAGAGGAUUCCUGAGAGGACCAGAGUGCAGGAGAGAGGGGACUUUCUCAGUGUUUGGUUGAUACAGCAUAGAUCCCAAACUUUUCACAAGGAUAGCUUUUCUCUCGCCUGUGUGUUAGAGUUUUGAGUUAAAUACAUGUCUGCCAAAAACAACCUCUAGAAUAUGGUGAGUGGGUGGCAGGUCUUUUCAUCCUAGAUUGUACGCUACAUACAACUCAGCUGGAAACGAGGCUCUACCUCUCUGAUUACAAACCCCUCCCCCUCUCUUUACUCCCAGUCUCUUAUGAUAUCAUAAACACCUAUGCGCUCCAAAGAGUGCUCCAGCAAAAACAGGGUAUUCAAAUGGCUGGAUAUAUACAGUAUAAUACAUGUGCAGAAGUAAUGUUGGGGGAGGGGGUUUAAAAAGGGCCUUUUUUAUCCAUCCAGCGCAAGAGAAAGCACACAUCUACCUUUUUCAGUUGCUGGUCACCUUUAACUUAGAGGUAGUUAUGACUUGGUCAUAAGCACAAAAUGAGGGCUUGAUUCUCCAUCCCUACACAGGUGUACAACCAGCCAUUCAUUUCAAUGGCAAUACAGUGUCACAAAACUGGAGUAACAGCAUGGUGAAUCAACGACCUAGGCUUUAGGACAUGGAACUGUUUUUCUCCCCACUAAGACUGAUGGGCUGGCACCUUGAACCAAGCAUCCUUUGGACAAAAUGUGGAUGAUGGGAAGAAUUUGUGUCAUGAUGGCCCUGAGCAGUUUUAGGGCUCAUCAAUAGGGAGAUGCAGAGGAAGGUGGUGUGUAAGUCUACAGCUGUCUCACCUGCCAUGCACUAAGUGGCUUGUGGACCCUGUUCCCAUGCACUAAAAAUUCUGUAGUGAGCACUGACCUGUUUGAAACAACAGCUCUUCUGAUUGAUAGAGACUGUUCCCCUCCUUUCCCCAGCCCAGGCAGUGACCUGGCAAAAUCCCUGGAGGAACUCCCUCUGCAGCAAGCCAGUUCCACACUCCACCAUUCCCAGUGGGAAGAGACUUUCUGUAGAUAUUGGAGUUAUUAUAUUUGCCUGUUGUGGUGAACACAGGGUUUUCUGUUGGCCUGGGAGCAAACUUAAAAACCUAUAUCAAGGUGUCCUUCUUCCAACUCUCCUGAGCAGAGCGGAUUCCUGAGGCCCCUCUUGGCAAUUUGGGAAGGGAAUAACCUUUAGCUUUUUACUACUUUGCAGCACCUCUGGAAAUCUCCUCGUCCCUCCACUUAAAGUGAGAAGAAAAGGCGCAUGAUAGCCGUGUACAAAUCACCCCCUCCAAUAUUGCUCAAGGUGAGACGAGUUUGGGGAUGUGAACACAAUGAGUGUAAACCAGCAAGCUCACACAGGGCUUCCUUAUGGGCAGCCUCAGCCUGGAUAUCAGGGAUACCAGCAGUCUGGUUAUGGAGGGCAGCAAAUGCCUGCAGUUCAUCAUUCUCAGUAUGGAGCUUACAAUGGUCCGAUGCCGGGGUAUCAGCAGCCAGCUCCUCCACCAGGUUACUUCCCUUCCUUGGGGUUCCCUUCGAAGGGCUCUCCUGUUUGCCUCAAUUCUGACACUCCUAUUCUUGCACCUAACUUCAUAGGUGCAUUAAGGGCUCCUCCUCCCUCUGGAGCACCCCCUCCAACCUCUGGAGCACCUGUUCCUGCUGGCCAGCCGGUGUAUAGUCAGUUUGGGCAAGGAGAUGUGCAGAAUGGGAUUGGAGCUUCAGCAGUCCAGAUGCAAAGGCCCUCUGCAUCUCAGCCAUUCAUACCAGGCACUGCACCCACACCUGUUAGCCAACCAGCUACCUUCCAGCAAUAUGGCCCUCCCCCAACCAGUGCACAACAACUGAACUUAUCCUCAGCUCCUCCCCCAGCUGGACUGGGCUAUGGUUCCUCGACAUCAGUUCCUUCAGCCUCAGGAAGCUUUACUGCAACUGGAUCUGGUCACUACACACCUUACUCUUCAAGCCAAGGACCCCCUCCUGUAAAUGUGUCCCAUGGAUUGCCUCCAACCAGCCUGUCUCCAAAUCUGUCCUUAGGCCAACCUGCUUUUUCUGGUCCACCAAUGUCAGCUCAGCACCCCCCUCAAGCUUCUGGUUUUGUCUCACCUCCCUGCUCCACAGGGAUUGGACCUUCCAGUUACCCUUCUACUACAGGGGCCCCAAGACCUUCAACCAUGCAAGGUUCACCGUUACCUGGACAUGCUCUGACUGGAUUACCAACUUCCCAGCCUAAUCAUGUGUCUUCACCACCACCUCAUCCAGCCAUGUCAGGGCCUCCUCCCGGGCCUCCAGUGCUUGGCCUCCAGGGACCACCUCCACCCACUCAUCCUUCCCCCUCAGGAUACCAAAUGCAGCAGAAUGGUUCCUUUGGACAGGUUAGGGGCCCACAACCAAACUACGGUGGCUCUUACCCAGGAACACCAAAUUACGGGAGUCAGCCUGCACCACCUCCCCCGCCAAAACGCUUAGAUCCAGACUCCAUUCCUAGCCCCCAACUCAGUGAGCUGCCACCACAGCAGAAACCCAGGCACAGAAUAGACCCAGAUGCAAUUCCUAGCCCAAUCCAAGUAAUUGAAGAUGACAGAAAUAACCGUGGAUCAGAGCCAUUCAUCACUGGAGUUAGAGGGCAGGUCCCACCCCUUGUUACAACCAAUUUCCUGGUGAAAGAUCAAGGUAAUGCAAGCCCCCGCUACAUAAGAUGCACAUCGUACAAUAUCCCCUGCACCUCCGACAUGGCCAAACAAUCCCAGGUUCCCCUAGCUGCUGUCAUUAAACCACUGGCUACCCUGCCCACAGAUGAGACCCCUCCUUAUUUGGUAGACCAUGGGGAACCUGGUCCUAUCCGGUGCAAUCGGUGCAAGGCCUACAUGUGUCCUUUUAUGCAGUUUAUUGAGGGUGGAAGGAGAUUCCAGUGUUGCUUCUGCAGCUGUGUCACUGAGGUGCCACCUCACUACUUCCAGCAUUUGGAUCAUACUGGCAGGAGAGUGGAUUUCUAUGACCGACCUGAAUUAUCGUUGGGCUCCUACGAGUUUUUGGCCACAGCCAGCUACUGUAAGAAUAACAAGUUUCCCAACCCACCUGCUUUCAUUUUCAUGAUUGAUGUGUCUUACAAUGCUGUGAAGAGUGGCUUGGUGAGGCUGAUCUGUGAAGAGUUGAAGUCUCUCCUGGAUUACCUGCCCAGGGAAGGCAGCAUUGAAGAGUCAGCCAUUCGGGUGGGCUUUGUCACUUACAACAAAGUGUUGCACUUCUAUAACGUGAAGAGCUCGCUGGCCCAGCCGCAAAUGAUGGUUGUCUCAGAUGUAGCUGACAUGUUUGUGCCGCUGCUUGAUGGCUUCCUGGUGAAUGUGAACGAGUCAAGGACAGUGAUUGUCAGUUUGCUGGACCAGAUCCCAGAAAUGUUUGCGGACACAAGAGAAACAGAAACUGUCUUUGCCCCAGUAAUUCAGGCAGGAAUGGAGGCUUUGAAGGCAGCAGAGUGUGCUGGCAAGCUCUUCAUCUUUCACACCUCGCUGCCCAUUGCAGAGGCCCCAGGGAAGCUGAAGAACAGAGAUGACAGGAAGCUAAUCAACACAGACAAGGAAAAGACCUUGUUUCAGCCACAGACAAGCUUCUACAGCAACUUAGCCAAGGACUGUGUGGCCCAGGGCUGCUGUGUAGAUCUGUUCCUUUUUCCAAACCAGUAUUUGGAUGUGGCAACGUUGGGGGUAGUCCCUUAUCAGACAGGUGGCUCCAUUUAUAAGUACGCCUAUUUCCAGCUGGAGACGGAUCAGGAGCGGUUCCUGAAUGACUUGCGCAGAGAUGUCCAGAAGGAAGUGGGAUUUGACGCUGUGAUGAGGGUACGCACAAGCACAGGUAUUAGAGCAACUGACUUCUUUGGUGCUUUCUAUAUGAGCAACACAACGGAUGUGGAGCUGGCAGGUCUGGACUGUGAUAAAACAAUCACAGUGGAAUUCAAACAUGAUGACAAGCUAAGUGAAGAUACCGGGGCACUUCUUCAGUGUGCUCUUUUGUACACAAGCUGUGCAGGACAGCGACGACUCCGCAUUCACAACCUCUCCCUGAACUGUUGCACUCAACUUGCUGACCUCUACCGGAAUUGUGAGACCGACACGCUCAUCAAUUACUUGGCCAAGUUUGCGUAUCGUGGGGUUCUGAAUAAUCCAGUCAAGACAGUGCGAGACACGUUGAUCAACCAAUGCGCACAGAUUCUGGCGUGUUACCGAAAAAACUGUGCUAGUCCUUCUUCUGCUGGCCAGCUGAUCCUCCCUGAAUGCAUGAAGCUGCUUCCUGUGUACUUGAACUGUGUGUUGAAGAGUGAUGUCCUGCAGCCUGGAGCAGACGUCACCACUGAUGACCGUGCCUACAUCCGCCAAUUAGUCAGCUCCAUGGAUGUAGCAGAAACUAAUGUUUUCUUUUAUCCCAGGCUUUUGCCUCUGAGCAAAGUAGAUAUCGACAGUGACACCUUGCCAGCUGCAAUCCGGAACUCUGAGGAGCGACUCUCUAAGGGUGACCUGUAUCUGCUUGAGAAUGGACUGAACAUCUUUGUGUGGGUAGGAGUGAAUGUGCAGCAGAGCCUGAUCCAGAACCUCUUUGGAGUAUCGUCCUUCAGCAGCAUCAGCAGCACUCUGAGUACCCUGCCAGUCUUGGAAAACUCUUUCUCGAAGAGAGUGCGAUCCAUCAUUGACAUGUUCCAGUCACAAAGAUCCCGCUACAUGAAGCUAAUAAUUGUGAAACAAGAAGACAAAUUGGAGAUGCUAUUCAAACACUUCCUGGUGGAGGACAAAAGCAUGAGUGGGGGGGCUUCAUAUGUGGACUUCCUCUGUCACAUGCACAAGGAGAUUCGGCAGCUACUGAGCUAGAGGAGAGAGUGGUGCUGGACUCCAGCAGUGACAUUUCAAUCUCAACUAACCACCUGCUCCAAGGGCCUAGCUCCCUCAAGAAGGACAACCCAGAAACCUGUACAAUGCCAUCAUUUUUAAUACACAUUGCAUUAAGCAGAGAUCCUUUCAACCUCUCCCAGCCCCAUUUGAGAUGCAAAACUUCCUGGCAAGGGCAGAAAAAAGGUCAUUGAACCCAGGUCUUUUACCUGUCUCAAAGUUUUUUCCUGUACUUAGCAAGGAUCUACCCCCCUAUGCUCGCUAACCCUGUUGUAAUGAAUGUAGUUUCUCAGUUUACUGUACAUGAUUCAGCAUUGGGUGAAAAAGCGAUAACUCUUCAGAACUACUAGUCGUUGCUGUGUGUUUGUGUGCGCGCGCGCAUGCUCCAAGAGUAAAGAGGAGCCAGGUGGGGGAGGUCAGGAGGCAGGUCACCCAGCCAGAUUGGUGAGAGUUGGAGCACUUACGCAUUUCUUUUAAAUCCCCUUCCUAGCUUAGGGGAAAAUACAUGCAGAACACAAACUGCAGCUUGUGGCCCUGUCUUGAUUUGAAAAAAAAAUUCAUCAACUGAGCUGUGAGCCAGGGGCUAGCAGGACAAAUCCUUUCUACAUCUCUACUGUAGUAAGAGUUGCGGUGCAGAAAUGUAGUAGAAUAAAUAAUUGUAAAUGGGAGAGAGGGUAAAACCAGUGCCUUCUAUUGGCAAGAAUGGCACCCACGCAACUACCUUUUAUUCCUUGGGCAAGCAACCUCUCCUGUCUUGUUUUUCUGUGUAGCAUCGUCUUACCCCCUUCCCUGUUCUAUGGCCUCUUUUCAUUGACUUGUUUUGUUGGAGCCUACGUACACUGUCUUAUUCAUGGUGUUCAUACCCUCCUCCCUGUUUCAGUUUAAAUAGGAAAUAUUUUUAGCAAGGUGACACGGCUGUAGGGAACAGGAGCUGAGUGGCAAGGUGGCUGUUUUCUGUUCAGACUAGUGCAAACUCCAUGGCAAAUAAGCAAGGAUUUUAUUGGUGCAAGCUUGAGGCUGUUCUGUACUGCAGAGUGCAAGGAAGGGGAUGCAAAAAUAGUUUCAACUGCACUGCAGAAGGUAAUAUCAAGUACCUGACCUCAGUUAUUGGGAAGGUGCCAGUGGAAAGAAUAUUUUUCAGCACUGCUUAUGCCCCCAUUCUACCUACCAAUGCGUCUGCAUACAAACUUUUUAUAAGCCUGUUCAUUAACCUAAAAUACCUCAGUGAGAUAACCCAUCGAUUUUAUGGUAAGCCACUCUGACUCUCCAUCUGUAAGGAUGGAAGAGAAGAUGCCUGCAAAGGGGAGCAAUGAGUCUAAAUCAGAUUCCAAAUUCUAAGGGCUUGUUCAUUAAUUUUUGAAAGGAGAAUAAUUUACUAUAAACACUGACAGAGCUUUUGCAAAACCCAGGAUUUAGUGAGGGAGCAGCAGCACUGAAGAUGAGAGAAAUGAGAGAAUUUGCAGAAUAAUGGGUGAAUAGAUUGGAUGCAGUUAGACGACAUGUUUUAGCUGGACUUCAGUUUUCAAAAUAGGGUCCUUGUACAUAAGACCUAUUUUGUUUAAAAACAAAAAAAAAAGGCUUUGUGGUUUUAAUCCCAUGACCUAUAAUGUGUGUAAAUCUGCUUUUCCUCUACUGCCACUAGUUUGUCUUCCCUCUUAUCACUACAUACAAAGGGGAAUAAAAGAACUCUAAUGGAGAAACCCCUUGAAGAUGUAGUAGACAAUUCUUCAGCAUUUUUGUAUGUAUGUGGCUGACAUUUUUUUACCCUACACACUGCAUCCAACCAAAAAUAUAGAGGAUUUUUUAACUGAAGAAGAGAGCUUCCCAGGAAUACAAUGUUUGGCAACCACAGACUUCCACAAAACUAAUUUCUAGUAUUAACAUGAGAGGAAAAUAAGUUCGUAAGUGAAUCUUUCAUUUUCUUCACUCUUGUUUUUUCCAAUGCAUCUUUUAAUUUGUAAAGAAAUAAAUAUAUUAAGAUGUAUUUUAUGUCAUUGUUAGUAAAUAAACACUGCUGAUUAUUUUUCCAAACCUUGUAUUUUGGGGCAGGGGAAGAGGGAGGAAAGGAAAGGGCUGGGGUUUUAGGUGAGUGAUCACAAUCCAACCAGCUGUCAAUCAAGUUCUGUAUUUUUUUAAAUAUUUUCUGUUUGGAUAUGUUUAACUUUCCACCCCCUUCUGAAUCUUUAUUUUGCUAAGAACAUUCCCUUUUCUCUGAGAUGGCUUGGUUAAAUUAUAACGCCAUUUUGGUUUAUUUCCAUACCCAUUCUAGUUGAUACUUUAAGACCAUAUUAGCUACAGUUAGACUCUCAAGGAUCCCAUUUUUCUCUAACUAUCCCAUUGUUAAAAUGGUAGAAUUACUUUUUUUUUCUUUGAAUCCAAUAAUAAAGUUCUAAUUAAACAGUUGGCAACAGCACUCUUACCAGUUUAGGCUAAACUUGAAAUCUGUGCAUUGCACUUCAGUGUGAAUCUCCUUUCUCUUACACACUUGUCUGCAGCCUGAAACAGAUAAUGAACAUUUAAUACUGAUAAAAAUGAUCUUUUCAGUAAUCUGUAUAUGAAAACAAGACAAUGGUUGCUAAAUACCUAUCAGUGUUUAGUUUGCCAUGAGAUUUUCUGGAGAGAUUCCAUUCUGUUAGAGGGCAUGUUCCUAUAUUUGUCAAAAAAAUCACUGCUGAGCGAUGGGUUGUGCAUUAAUUAUCUGGAAUAAAUUGUGCCUGCAGGAA